AUGUGGGUCAGAUUCUGCGUUGCUCCCAAACAGCGCGCUGCUGCGGCAUUUGGUUCGUUUGGGAAGGAUCUUCACAGUUUCUGUUCGUUCCUUUUACUUACCAGGAACAAACCAAAAAUAUUGCGUUCUUCUUCCCUCCUCGCCCUCGAUAGUAAAGUGGUAUUUGUUUAG